GAGAACUGGCAGACGCACGCGGGAACCUCUUGGAGCAGCGACAAAACCCGGCGGAGGGAGGACAGGGAGGGGGAAGAGGGCGCGGACUGGAAGCGGCAGAAGCACUCGGGCGAGGGGUCGAAGAAGGAGGAGCGCAGCCGCGACCAGAAGCCGCGGGACAACUUGACGGAGCGGGGGCAGAAGAGGAAUGGGGAGCAGGAGCAGCGCCAGCAAAAGGACGACAGCAAGCGGAAGCCGCAGAGCAACGCAACGGACGCAGAGCAGGAACGCGAGAAGAAGACCUGCGACCCCAAGCCGGACGCGGAAGAGACGGAGAAGAACAAGGGCCAGCAGGAGGACGCGGAGAAGCAGGGCCCCCAGCGGGAUCCGUACGAGCACUUGACAGGCGAUGCUCUGCAGCAGACGGAGCAGGAGGUCGCUUUCGAAGCCGACUUGGAGGCGUGGCUGGACGAGACGGCGUGGUCGCAGAAGGCGACGGUGGCGAACGGCCACCUCGUGUGGUAUAACGCCGACACGUUGGAGUCCGCGUGGACGAAGCCCGCGCCGGCGGAUGUCGCGGACCAGAAGAAGAAAAAUGUCCUCGUGAUGAAGGCGGUGCGGGUGCUCCGUGCCGGCCACUUGGCGCAGGGCACUGCCCUGGCGGGGCGCCUGGGCAUGGGCGUCCAGGAGGCGAAGGACCGCUGCGCCGCCGUGGAGGCGGCGCAGCAGCGCAGGGAAGCGCGCGGGAACCAUCGCCGCGAUAAGCUGCUCCGCGAGAAGCUGAACCGCGCCGCUGUCUGA